UGACCAACACAACACAAUAUUUCACAAUCAUUUUUCAAGAAAGACCUUUGUUAGGCGAACGCUAAAAUUUGUGUGAUUAACUCUUGAUUUGUGUUCAUUAAAUGUUCAAUGUUCAAUAAAUCAUAAGGAAUAUCCCAGUGCAUAGAGCGUUGUCCUUCGCUUUAUACGAUUGUUUGUAUGUGAAUCCAUAAGAGUCAGUUUCAAAACCGUCCGCAGUAACUGUUUGUUCCGUCAUAUCUACUGAUUUGGAUCGAAAUUUUCGAAUUCAGACUUCAUCGUAUAUUCAGCGAAAGAGAGUUUUUCUGUGAAAAUGGAAAAUCCAACUAAACGAAACCUGGACAUGGAAGAAGAAGAAGCCAAAGGCGACGAUCAAAUUUCAGCAAAACGACCAAAGACUGAAAAAUGUACAAUUCGAAGCAGCAAUUUGGCGACUUCCUUACCACUCCUGGAGCGUGAUGGACGUUCCAUAACGACAUUGUGCGUUGAAUAUCGUCUAACCGGAAUAAGACUAUUGCUUGAUGCAAUAGUCAAAUAUUGCGGAGAUAACAUAACCGCAAUGGAGCUCAUUUGCGAUUAUCCGCAUGAAGAGCGGCGAAACACGACCGAAUUCAAAGAGGGCAUCGUUCAUUUCCGCACAUUUCUGCGAGACUUCCACAGCCGUUUUCCUAAUUUGAGUGAAUUGAAAAUCGCGUACCAACAGAAGCCUGAUCCGGCUGACAUUAAACAUUGGGAUGAAAUAAUCAAAAACUUUCCAAUGCUAAGAAGUUUCGCCAUUAGACGGUGCCCGAAAUUUCCGUUGGAAGAUUUCUUUCGUGUGAAUGGCCAGUUGGAGCGCUUAACGUUGGAAAACUCUACGGAAUGGCGCAUUGAACGAGAUUUCCUCGAAACGAUGGACGAACUGUUACCCAGUCUCAACUAUUUGGAUAUGGAGUUCGUGAACGCUCAUCGGCCCAUGUAUGCACAGCCAUUCGGUCAGACCUAUUUCAAGAAUUUGCAAACACUGAAGGUGUACAGCCACAACAAAGAACAUUCGAAUGUUCUCCGAUUUUUAAGUCCAUCCGCCAACAAACUUGAAAAAUUUGUUUUUCUGGUGACUGGUAAUCUGGACGAAAAGGUGAUGAAAAUGCUAUCGUACUACAAGCAGCUCAAACAAUUGGAAUUCAGAACAUGCCUGACUAAUUUACAGUUACUGGUUUUGUCUGCUCAAGUGCCCCAAAUCGAAACGUUGACCAUGAGUUUCACAAAGAGAGCCGUCACAGGAUUGGGAAUCGUCAAAUUGAUCGACGAUUGCAAACGAUUGACGAAAAUUGUAAUGCAUCCCGAGUUUAAAGUGUACGACGAUGAUAUAAAGGCAUUGUGCAAGCCGAUCAACAACAAACUGAAAGAGAACGUGUGGACAGUCGAUAAUGAGGAUGGUUCGAUUACAAUCACCAAAAAAGGAGCUAAGUCUAGCGGCACCGUUGCGUCGACAUCUAAAGCAAAUGUUUGAAUUUCGCUUUCCUUUGUUUAAAACUUGAAUUUCUUUAUCAUUUUCUUAAAAAACGAACUACAACCGUUACGGUUCAUCGACUAUGAUAUUACAUGUUAAAUGUAUGAUUCUCUGAGCAGACGCUCUAAAUAAAAACUAAAAAAUUUCGAC